AUGGAUGAUCUCUCGGGAUUGAACUGGUCGUCGUCGACCAACACGACGAAUAACAAGCCGCCACCGAUGAACCCCUCGGGUGCCAAUUACUUCGGCUCCAUGCGACCGGCCAACUCGACGCCAUCCCCGUUUCCCUCUGGCCGCAACACGCCUCUGUCUGCACAAGCAUCUGGGGCCGUUUCUGCGAAACCUCCACCUGCGAAGCCACCCGCCGAUAGUUUCAGCAACCUGAUGAACUUUGGUGGUGUCGGGGCUGCCAAACCGACAUCGAAACUUACCUUGCUGGAACAACAGCAGCGGCUCGAGGCAGAGAAGAGAAAGAAGGAAGAGGAGAGAAGAAAACAAGCGCAGGCGCAAUUUGGUGGUGGGUUCUUGGAUACCCUCGGAUCGGGUUCCGUGUCGAGGACGACAUCUCCGGGCAUCCUGUCCCCUGGCUCUUCCACGGGCAAGAAGGCCAGUGACGAUGACGACCUUUUUGCUGCGUUUAGCGCUGAGACCAAGGUUGACAACGCCAGUCACUACCCUCCACCUCCUCAAAAGAGCCCCUCACCUGCAAUUGCGCCGGGCUUGGACCUCAGCAACCCAAGCGCUUGGAGCCAGGCCCCUCCCCCUGCCAGUGGCGGCUUUGGGGACGAUGACGAUCCGUUUGGUCUUAACCAGCUGAAGGCCAAGGCCGCAUCUCCCGCUCCACUGCCGACGAACGACGACGAUGAUGACUUCCUCGGCGACCUGGCCCGCCCGGUUGAAGAGGUUCGGCGCAAGCAACCCACCCCGCAGCCCAAGGGGUCUGAGCCUGGAAAGCCGAUCGAGGCAUCCGACUCCAGCUCAGAUGAAGAGCAGCAGUCAGCUCCUCGGGGCGAAAUGGCCGAAUUUGACAGGGCCGUCGCCCAGCUCGUGGACUAUGGCUUCACCCCUGAAAAUGCUCGGAGGGGUUUGACAGAGAGCGGCGCGGGGUUGAAUGUGCAAGCAGCGGCCAACUGGCUUUUGGACGAUGCGCACCGACAAUCCAAGGCAAAGGCGCAAGGAAAGGAUCGGGCUGCUGCUCCAAGAAGGGGGCGGGAUGAGGGCGGCAGACACGACAGUCAAAGUAGAUCCGAUAUCAGGUCUCCGGCUGGUGAGGCCGACUUCUCAAAGACUGCGGCGGCUAUGGGAAACAGUCUUUUCAAAACAGCCAACUCGUUGUGGAAGAAUGGCAAAAAGCAGGUCGCGGCCGCAGUGGCAGACUUCAAUCAGCCGGAGGGUGACCCAAAUCAGCCGAAAUGGAUGCGUUCAGCGCAAGUCGAUCGUGCCCAGCCCGAUAAGCGCGUGCCCGAGGCAACAGAUGAGGCUAUGAUGCUGGAGUCUGGCAGUCGACCGCAUAGAAAAGCCGGGCAAUCGUCGCAGUCGCCGAGACCAGAGGCGCCUCGCCGGACAGCAUCCCCAAGAGACCACUCUCCUGUGGUAUCGGCCCCCUCGAGCGGCAGAGGCACCCCGGUCCCGAGAUGGCAGCAGCAGGGCGGCCCAGCACUGCCGGAUUCAAGAACCCGCGCGAGCAAGCUGACAAUGGCAGACGACAGCGCGGCUUCGUACGUCAGCCCUGCCAGGAGGAAGAAGGCUACACCCCAGCCAGAAGCGCCUCCACUGCAGCAAGAGGAACCGGAUCUGCUUUUUGGUUCUCAAGCUGCCAAGCCGUCGCAAUCACUUCCUCAACGCCCGGCCCAACCUUCGCAGCCAUCACGGUCCGCCCAGCCCGCCCAAGCUGCGCGGCCCGCCAGACCUCCUUCCCCCAAGCCUCCCCCCCGCCUUGUUCGUCAAAUCCCGCCGAUUACGCCUGCGGCGGUACAACAGUCUACGAAACACCGUCUCGACGGAACUGCUCACUUCAAGCGAGGAGACUAUGGCGCAGCCCACUCAUCCUACUCGUCAUCCCUGGCUGCUGUGCCGUCGUCGCACCCUCUCGCCAUUGUCAUUCUCACCAAUCGCGCCUUAACAUCCUUGAAGAAUGGUGAGCCCAAACGAGCGGUUGAGGAUGCUGAUGCCGCACUCAAGAUCAUUGGCCCCGCUGGUGGUCUAGGCGAGCAGGUGUCUGUUGUAGGCGACACCGGCGGUCAGGAAACACGCGACAUGCGGGACUUGUACGGCAAAGCCCUGAGCCGCAAGGCCGAAGCCCUCGAGCAGAUGGAGCGAUGGGGCGACGCUCAUAUUGUCUGGUCAACCUGCGUGAAGAACGGCGUUGGCGGUGCCACCGCCAUCUCCGGCCGCCAGCGAUGUCAGUCGGCCCUGGCUCCCAAGCCCAAACCUAAGCCUAGACCCGCCGCGGCCGCCGCCGCGGCUCGGCCUCGCCCCGUCGCGGCUUCUGCGAAGAACAUGGAGGCCGUGGAGCGCUUGCGGAAGCAGAACCAGGCAGCGGCGCAAGAAGACGACGAGAAGUUUGCGCUAUCGGAGAAGGUCGAUGCCAAGAUUGCGGCGUGGAGGGACGGCAAGCGGGACAACCUGCGCGCUCUCAUCGGCAGCCUGGACGCAGUCCUCUGGGAGGGCAGCGGGUGGAAGAAGGUUGGGUUGCACGAGCUCGUCAUGGCCAAUAAGGUGAAGAUUCACUACAUGAAGGCUAUUGCCAAGUGUCAUCCCGACAAGCUUCCCCAAGACGCCAGUACCGAAGUGAGGCUUAUUGCUGCUACCGUCUUUGCGACGUUGAAUGAGAGUUGGGACAAGUUCAAGUCCGAGAAUGGAUUGUAA